GCUUAUGCGCCUUCAACCCAUACGACAUCCUAGACUAGUUCACUGUUCUAUACAAGAUAACGAAGCAUCCCAAGAGGCCAUAUACUAUCCAUAAAGGCAACCACCAUCACUUUCUCUUUGUCUAUCCUUACAACUACGUAAACCAAUUCUACGCCAAUUCUACGCCAAAAGGACAAAGCGGCGCAACGCAAUUCCACCCAACCUGGACGCACAACACCCACGAGCCCGAGCCACGAUGCCGGGUCUCACACUCAACACAAGCGGCGUCGCCGCCGCCUCCACACAACCCUCCAGACAAACUCCCGCCGCCAACGCAAACCCAAGCACGAGCGCAAACACGCAAGACCCUACGCGUCCCUCCUCCCCACCAAGACCGACCUACAGCCCCAUCACACCACCUCUAAACCCAGUCGCGCUCCCGCCACGGCCGACAUACACGCACAACUCACAGCAGGACCAAGUAGGCGUAGCGCCGCCGCCACCCGAGCCCAUCGACUUCGACAGCAACCCCGAUGUCCUGGCCCUCAAAUCCGCCAUAUCCAUCCUGCAGCUGCAGCGCCGCAAGGCCGCCGCCGACAUGGCGCUGCUGAGCCGGGUCAAGACCGCCGCGCUCGCCGAGCCCGAGGCCUUCGUGCGCGACUUGACAACGGGGCGCGUGGGGAUGGAGGGCGACGCGCUAUAUGGCGGUAGUAGCAGCGCUGCAUAUGACGACGAGGACGAGGACGAUGAAGAUGAAGACGACGAGAUAGAAGACACACAGAGCAAUACCGCUGCUGCCGGACAACCCGCACCCUCCACAACUUCCCACGCCAGCUCAAGCGGCAACAGGACCCUCACCGACAGCCCAGUAGCAUCGCACUCAGAAGUCAAGAGCGACCUCGACCCCGACCCCGACGCCGCAGAGCCCGAGCCCCCGCAUCACCACCACCAGCAGCCUAACCCCCAAUCCCGCCCCUGGACCAGGCUGCCCAAGCCGCAAAACGUAGUGCGCUGCCCGCCCAUCAACUGGGCGCAAUACGCCGUCGUCGGCGACUCCCUCGACAAGCUGCACAGCGAGCAAAUCUCGCGGCCCGCGCAAGGGGUCCCAGCCGCCGUCGGACCCGACGGCCGGUACGAGUUCAAGGGGGACCCCGGCCGGCAGGAGAAACUAGUUGGGGUCGCGGCGCCGUAUGCGCCGGGCAAGGACCGCAUCGAGCGGAAGCCUAAGGGGCCUAGGCGAUGAUGGUCCGAGUCUUGCUGGGUUGGCUGACUGGAAUGGGUAGUCUGUUCCCUGGAGAUGUAAAGAGAUAGAGGGAGGGAGGGAGAGAGGGAUAAUAGACUGCCUAGAGAUACAUAGCUGGUUGACUAUGAUGGAAGUCAUGGCUGAUGACGAAUUCAUGUAUAUUACGAAGAACAGCAUCGCGUUUAGAACGGUACACAGUUUUGGGAAUCCGACAUCAUGAAUAGGAGUUGCUCUAUUUUUAACUGUAAAUAUCAAUACUACUAGGGGUCAUGGAUAUUCUAUUGGAUGGCAUAAUAAAAUGGCUAGAAGAUUGUUAUAUAGCGAAUUUCGAAAUAACAUGAUCUAAUAAAUUUAAUAAAUUUCUAAU